ACUCCCCAGUCCCCACCCACAUACACAAGAACCAAAAUUUUGAGAAGUGUGUGAUAUCUUUAAUUUUGAUUUUGUCAAGCAUCAUGGGAGUGUUGUUGAGUGAAGAAAAAGGAGAAGAUUACACUGAAGAUGGCACAGUGGACCUCAAAGGUAGACCCGUUUUAAGGUCAAACACUGGGAAAUGGAAAGCUUGCUCCUUCAUAGUAGGGUAUGAAAUGGUGGAGAGGAUGGCAUACUAUGGGAUAGCAUCAAACUUAGUGGUGUACCUAACAAAGGAGCUGCAUGAAGGGACCGUCAAAUCUUCAAAAAAUGUAACCAAUUGGGUUGGAGUUGUAUGGUUCAUGCCAGCCAUUGGUGCUUACAUUGCCGAUGCAUACCUUGGUCGAUAUUCGACCUUUCUAAUUUCAUCUGCCAUUUACCUCUUGGGAAUGUGUUUGUUGACUCUAGCGGUUUCACUACCAGCACUAAAACCACCACCAUGUCCACAAGACAAAGAUUGCCAGAAAGCAACAUCAUUGCAAGUGGGCCUAUUCUUCUUGGGCCUAUACAUCAUUGCAGUGGGCACAGGUGGCACGAAGCCCAACAUCUCCACAAUGGGAGCGGACCAAUUUGAUAAGUUUGAGCCCAAAGAAAAGGACCAAAAGAUCUCAUUCUUCAAUUGGUGGGUCACAUUCAUUUUAAUUGGCACCAUAUUCUCAAACACUGUGUUGGUAUAUAUACAAGACAAUGUGGGCUGGGCCCUUGGGUAUGGGAUCCCAACAGGUGGGCUUUUGUUCUCGAUUUUGGUAUUUUUGUUUGGGACUCCAUUUUAUAGGCACAAGUCGCCAUCUGGAAGCCCAUUAACGAGGAUGCUUCAAGUGAUUGUUGCUGCUGUGAGAAAGUGGAAGCUUGAGGUCCCUGAUGAUCCAAAAGAACUAUAUGAGCUUACUGUUGAGGAGUAUGCAAUUAAUGGAAGGAACAGAAUUUAUCAUAGCCCUUCAUUAAGUUUCCUUGACAAAGCUGCAAUAAAAACGAAGCAAAGACAGCCAUGGAUGCUAUGCACAGUGACACAAGUGGAAGAAACAAAGCAGAUGAUGAAAAUGGUUCCAAUAAUGGUGACAACAUGCAUGCCAAGCACAGUGAUAGCACAAGCAAACACACUGUUCAUCAAACAAGGCACCACUUUGGACAGAAGCAUAGGACCCAAUUUCAAGAUCCCACCAGCAUGUCUCACUGCAUUCAUCAACAUAUUCAUGCUUCUCAGUGUUGUUACCUAUGAUCGUAUCCUUGUUCCUCUUGUUAGGCGCUACACCAAGAACCCCAGAGGGAUCACCUUACUUCAGAGACUUGGAAUUGGACUUGUGAUUCACAUUGUUAUAAUGACUACUGCAUGUUUGGCUGAGAAGAAGAGACUCAGUGUUGCAAGACAACACAACCUCUUGGGCCAGCAUGACAUCCUUCCUCUCUCUAUUUUCAUCUUGCUUCCCCAGUUUGCAUUGGCAGGAAUUGCUGAUACCUUUGUGGAUGUUGCUAAGCUAGAUUUGUUCUAUGAUCAAGCACCAGAAGGCAUGAAAAGUUUAGGAACAUCAUAUGUUUUCAUAAGCUUGAGCAUUGGAACGUUUUUCAGUAGUUUCCUUAUAUCAACAGUUGCUGAUCUCACCAAGAGAAACAAUGGUCAAAAGGGUUGGAUUUUGGAUAAUCUGAAUGUCUCUCAUUUGGAUUAUUAUUAUGCAUUCUUGGCCAUUCUUAGUGCUAUCAAUUUCCUCUGCUUUUUGGUGGCUGCAAAGUUCUUUGUCUAUAACAAUGAUGCAACACAAGCAUCAAUAAUUGGCUUGGAGAUGAAAAAUAAUAAUGCUUCAUCACAUGACAAAAUGGAACUAAAUCAAAGUAAUACCCCAAAUCCUUAGGGAAAAUAGUUUCUCUAUCUUUUGUUACUACAUAUAAGCAUUCUCAAAACGUAGAUAAUAAUAAUAAAGCUUCAAAGGAUA